AACGUGCAUCCUGCAUCUCUCCUUUGUCUGCCCCUCUGCGGGAUACCCCUGGCCAGACAGCCGACAAACGAGCACUCGACACCCCACCAACGCAAUCCUAUCCCGACCUCGACGACCGCUGGAGAUGACCGGCUUCUCGACGUAGAAGCUCGCCAUGGAAGUGACCUCGGCCACGGCCCCGAGCCUCGGCGCCUCGAGCAGCAACGGCGCCUCGCUGCCCGCGCCGCCGUCGCCCACACCGACGCCGACGCCCUUCCCGACCAUCGACCCCGAACGCGUCGUCGAGCACCUCGUCGCCAUCUGCGAGGUCGCCCUCGGCGCAUCGCGGAGCGACCUCGAGCUGCCGGGCAACCUGCUGCACAAGGCGUCGUACGCAGAGACCGUCUCGCGGUGCACGCGCUUCGCCAACGACUCCCUCAACGUGCUGUAUAUACAAAAGGACCUGGUGCAGGCCGGGGCGCUGGAGAACGGCAACGACGCCGCCGACGCGGCUGGCGAGCACAGCAAUGGCGUUGCUGCUCCCGCUACCUACGACUACACCCUCUCGACCGAAAUCUCCUCCACACCCACGACGGUCGCCACUUUGAUUUUGCUCAAGGCAUCGCAAGCGAUUGAUUCUUCUCGUCCUCUUACCUCGCAGAUAUUCAUCACUAAUCUACCCGGCCCCGCCUCCCUCAACGCCGCCGCCGGAGAGCAGGGCGUUGCGCUCUCCCCGUGGGAGGUGCUCCAUUCCCAGGUCCACCACGCCCUGGUGCCCUACUUUGACGCCAACAGCAAGAGCCAGCUGCUGGCCAACGGGUCCAGGGGAAGAGACGUCGACGCCAAGACGGGCAUUCCCGUCACCAAGAAGCGGCUCAACGACCUCGAGCUGAGCCUGCUCCACCUGCAGCAGAACGUCGACAUCCCCGAGAUCUCGCUGACUUUCCACUCGCUCAUCCAGAACGUCCUCGACGAUGCCGAGGUCUCCGGGAUGAAGCCGUCCAUCGAGGCCAUCCCCAAGAACCUCCUGCAGGACAGCAGCUUCCUCAACAAGCUGCAGGCCAACGUCAACACCUGGAUCAAGUCCAUCCAGGGCAUCACCAAGCUGACCAAGGAGACCUCGUCCAACGCCGUCCAGGAGUUCAGCACCGCCAGCCAAGAGGUCAACUUUUGGCUGUCCAUGGAGUCUGCGCUCGAGGGCAUCGAGGACCAGCUUAGGAGCGAGGGCGUCCUCCUGACCCUCGACAUCCUCAAGCACGCCAAGCGUUUCCAGGCCACCGUCAGCUUCGUCGCCGACACGGGCCUCAAGGAGGCCAAGGAGAAGGCGCAAAAGUACAACCAGCUCAUGCGCGAUUUCCCCCUCGAUGAGCUGCUGUCCGCCCCGUCCCUGCUCAAGGUCGAGGAGGCCAUUACGCAAAUCUUUGCCCACCUGAUGAAGAAGCUGAGGGUGUGUCCGUAUCCCAUUCGACGAGCGCUGAGCUUGGCCCAGGCCAUCUCGGCGGAUCUAAACGACGUGCUGCUCCGUCUGCUUCCGGGCACUGAGCUCGUCAACAUGGGCUACCCGGAGUUUCAGAACGUCAUGCGGACGUGCGACAGCAUCUUCGCCGCCUGGGAGGACAACAUCAAGGAGUUUACGCACCUGGCUCGUAUGCUCAUCAUCCGCAGAAACGAGAAGCGCAUUCCCAUCAACGUCGAGAAGAAUCACUCUGAGCUGGAAUCGCGGAUCAAGUACGUCAGCGCAUUCCGAGACAACCACGAACAGCUGCAGAGGACCAUUGUCAACGUCCUGGGACCCAAGGCCAUCCUUCCCGGCGUUACCGACGUCACCGCCGCCUCCUCCUCCUCCAAUGCCACUGCCGGCGCCGUCAUUGAAGAAAUGGGCGACGUGGACGCCGUUGAGGAGGUCAAGAGGGCCUGGGAGGCGCUGCAGAACGUCGACCUGCUCGAUGUGACGGACCAGGGCAAGGAGCGGUGGGCCCAGGCCGAAAACCUGUACAAUGAGCGCUCGACGCGAGUGGAAAACUCAAUCAUUGCGAGGCUGCGCGACCGUCUUGCCACGGCCAAGACGGCCAACGAAAUGUUCCGCGUCUUUUCCAAGUUCAAUGCCCUGUUUGUGCGGCCCAAGAUUCGGGGUGCCAUUCAGGAGUAUCAGAACCAGCUGAUGGAUCACGUUAAGCAGGCCAUCAACGGUCUGCACGAAAGGUUCAAGCAGCAGUAUGGCCAUUCCGAGGCCCAUGCCAUGGCUCAGCUGCGCGAUCUGCCCCCCGUCUCGGGUGCCAUUAUCUGGGCCCGUCAGAUUGAGCUGCAGCUGGACGGAUACAUGAAAAAGGUGGAAGCUGUCCUUGGACCCGACUGGACUCUGCAUGCCGAGGGGCACAAGCUCCAGGAAGAGAGCGAGCUCUUCAAGAACAAGCUGGACACGGGCAGGAUAUACGAUGCCUGGCUGGCUGAUGCCAAUCGGCGAAAGAUUUCCAUCGCCGGCCAGCUCUUCAACAUCAACAGGGUCAGGUCUGCGGGCGGCAUCCUGGAGCUCAAUGUCAACUUUGACCCUCAAAUCAUCACCUUGUUCAAGGAAACCAGAAACUUGACCUGGCAGUCGUAUCUUGUUCCCCAUGCCGUCACCACCGUGUCCAAGGAUGCAAAGAGAGUCUAUCCGUACGCCGUCAGCCUGAUGGAGGGCGUGCGAACUCUGUCUCAGACCCUGCGCCAGAUCGGAACCAUGGGCGAGGAAUCGAUUCUCCUCAACGGGUACAAGAACGAAGUGUACAAGCUCAUCAGCGACGGUGUCCCGCUGAGGUGGGAAUCCUUUGUCAACUCGCAUGAGCUCUUCUACGCCGACCAGAGACAGAUCCGCCCCCUGCUUCCCGGAAGCACCGGCUUUGGGCCCGCGAAGAACACGGAGAGCAAGCAUGGCAUGUUCAUCUGGGGCUUCUCCGCGGCUGUUUCCGUGCUCCAGUCCAAGACGGCUACGCUCAACUCCAUCUACGCUACUAUUGAGCAGGCUCUGAAGGACCUUGGCGUCUGCCCUUAUGAUGCCGCCGCUUUCCAGUCUCAUCUCGAUACCAUCCAGUCUGCUGUCGAUCAGCUCAACUUGGAGCAGUAUGCCAACCUCGACUUUUGGGUGCGCGGCGUGAACCACAAGGUCCAGACCAUCCUGCUGGAGCGUCUCUCUACGGCUGUUCAGGCUUGGAUAGCUGCCUUUGAGCAGGAUGUUGCCGAGGAGGACCGACGGAAGCUGUCCAAGGAGGACGAUGGAAAGCAAGACGGACCGACCAUGAAGCGUCUCAUCCUCGAGAUUACCAUGCGCAACCAGGUCAUCUAUCUUGACCCGCCGCUGGAGUACGCCAGAGCAAGCUGGUUCCUUCAUCUCCACGACUGGCUGGGCAUCGUCUGCAACCUGCGCAAGAUCAAGGCUACGCGAUACCAGAUGAGUCUCAACACCGACGCCCAGGAAGAAGCCCGCUUUACCGAUCUGCCAUCUCACUUCGAGAAGAAGCUGAGGGAAGUGAGCAUCUACGUCGACAAGUGGCUCCAGUUCCAGUCCCUCUGGGAUCUUCAGUCGGACCAGGUCUACGACAUGCUCGGCGACCAUCUUCCUCGAUGGCUCGAGUGUCUCCAGGACAUCCGAAAGGUCCGCACGACCUUUGACACGCAAGAAGUCAGCCGUUCCUUUGGCCACAUCACCAUCGACUACGACCAAGUCCAGACCAAGGUCAAUGCCAAGUACGACCAGUGGCAGCAGGAGAUUCUCAUCAAGUUUGCCAACCGGCUGGGCAACCGGAUGCGCGACAUCAACGCCGACAUUGAAAAGGCGAGGAGGAACCUCGAAGGCCAGAGCUCAGACACGUCGUCCACCGCCGCUGCCGUCCAGUUCAUCACGGCGGUGCAGAGCUGCCGGCGCAACGCCAAGCUGUGGGCGCCCGAGAUUGACAUGUUCCGCCAGGGACAGUCGACCCUGGUGAGGCAGCGGUACCCGUUCCCCAACGACUGGCUGCACAUUGAGCAGAUUGAGAGCCAGUGGGAAGCUCUCAAGGAAAUUCUGGAGAAGAAGUCCAAGAUUAUGGAGGAGCAGUCUGAUGCCAUGCGGGCAAACAUCAUUGCUCAAGAUAAGCUGAUCAAUGAGCGCAUCGGAGAGGUUGUGGCCCAGUGGAACGAGGAGAAGCCCGUCUCGGGAACCAUCCAGCCUGAUACGCGCAUUACGGCUCUGCAGGAGGAGUUCCAGCAGGUCAUGAAGGCGAGAGAAGCCCUUGACAUUCCCGGCAACAACGACAGCAUCUUGGAAAUCACGCUGGAGGAAGUUCGCGAUUUCCGGUCUGUUUGGUCCAACCUCUCCACCAUCUGGACGAGUCUCAACGAAACCCGCGACAUGCUUUGGACCGCCGUCCAGCCGAGGAAGAUUCGCCAAAAGGUGGACGACUUGAUCAAGAGCACAAAGGAUAUGCCUAGUAGAAUGAGGCAGUAUGCCGCUUUUGAACACGUGCAGGGAGUUUUGCGAGGCUUCCUCAAGGUCAACAACAUCCUGUCCGAUCUGAAAUCAGAUGCCAUUCGCGAGCGACAUUGGCACAAGAUUUACAAGCAGAUCAAGCCCCAGAAGCGCUUCUCACCCAGUUCCAUGACGCUUGGCGAUGUCUGGGAUCUCAACCUCACCGCUACCGAAGUCAUUAUGGCGCUUGAGGAGUUCCUCAAGCAGAUGGUCAACUACCAGAACAAAUGCAGGCUCAUUCGUGGCUGGGACGACCUCUUCGCCAAGUGCAGCGAGAACCUGAACUCGCUUCAAGCCAUGAAGCACUCGCCUUACUACAAGGAGUUUGAAGAGGAUGCGGUGGCCUGGGAGGACAAGCUGAACCGCGUCCACGUGCUCUUUGACGUCUGGAUUGACGUGCAGCGCCAGUGGGUGUACUUGGAGGGUGUCUUUACCGGAAACGCGGACAUCAAGCACCUCCUGCCCAUCGAGUCUGGUCGUUUCCAGAACAUCAACAGCGAGUUCUUGGCCGUCAUGAAGAAGGCCAACAAGACGCCCUACGUCCUCGACCGCUUGGCAGAAAUGCUCAACAAGAUCCAAAAGGCUCUGGGUGAAUACUUGGAGAAGGAGCGUGUUUCUUUCCCUCGAUUCUACUUUGUUGGUGACGAAGACUUGCUGGAGAUGAUUGGUAACAGCAACGAUACUUUGCGCAUUGCCAAGCACUUCAAGAAGAUGUUUGCUGGAUUGGCUGGCCUCAUUAUGGACGACGAAGGAGUCAUUUCUGGCUUUACUUCCAAGGAGGGCGAGGCCACGCCUAGGAUCAACGACUGGCUUGCGCUGCUGGAGAACGGAAUGAAGCAGACGCUUGCGGAGCUGUUGGCCAAGGCCGUGGAGGAAUACACUCCGAUUUUUGAAUCCGAAAGCAUUGAUCGGGAAGCACUGAUUGUUGUUCUCGCUACACAGGCUGUUUGGACGACAGCUACGCUCAAGGCUCUGUUCGAACGAGAAGUGCAGGUCCUUCGCGUCCUUGCGGAGACUGUGCUGGGAGACCUUGAGGUUAUCCAGCGCAAGAAGUGCGAGCAGCUGAUUACGGAAUGUGUCCACCAGCGCGACGUGAUUGAGAAGCUGGUCCAACUUCAGAUGCGCUACGUCUACACCCCCGAAGGCAACUUCCUCAACCGCCUGUACAUCAAGAUGGCCAAUGCCAAACUCAACUACGGCUUUGAGUAUCUCGGCGUACCCGAACGUCUCGUCCGGACACCCCUUACCGACCGAUGCUCGCCAUACGGCCCCGCUGGUACGGGUAAGACGGAGUCCGUCAAGGCCCUGGGUGUUCAGCUCGGACGAUUUACGCUCGCCAUGGGUCGCAUCUUCUUGGGUAUUUGCCAGAGGAUCCUGUCUGCCGGCGCCGAGAACGACAAGUCGCAGAUUGAGCUGGUUGGCCGGCAGCUUCGCGUCAACGAGAACACGGGCAUCUUCAUCACCAUGAACCCCGGCUACGCCGGCCGUUCCAACCUGCCCGACAAUUUGAAGAAGCUGUUCCGGAGCGUGGCCAUGUCCAAGCCCGACAAGGAGCUCAUUGCCGAAGCCAAGCGGCUCUCCAAGCAGACGCUGUCCAAGCAGGCCCAUUACGACUUUGGUCUCCGUGCGCUCAAGAGUGUCUUGGUGAGCUCUGGUGAGAUUGUGGAGCCCGAGAUUCUCCUGAUCAAGUCGGACGUGGACAUCAUGUUCAAUAUCGAGGAGGAUUGCUUUCCCGGCGUCCAAUAUGCCAUUCGCACGCUCGCUGCCGAGCGGCACCUCGUGGUCACGGAUCUGUGGAUGACCAAGGUUCUUCAGCUGUACCAGAUUCAAAAGAUUCACCACGGUGUCAUGAUGGUCGGUAACUCUGGUACGGGCAAAUCUGCCGCCUGGAGACUCCUGCUUGAUGCGCUGCAAAAGGUGGAAAACGUCGAGGGCGUUUCCCACGUCAUUGACUCCAAGUGGACCGAUGGUCUGUUCACCAGCAUUCUGCGUAAAAUCAGACACUGGAUUGUCUUUGACGGCGACGUUGAUCCCGAGUGGGUUGAGAACUUGAACAGUCGUCUCAACUUGCCGGCCAAUGUCCGCAUCAUGUUCGAAGUCGAGACGCUGAAGUAUGCAACGCUCGCCACAGUCAGUCGAUGUGGUAUGGUCUGCGUUCCCUUUGAGGACCUGGACGAGGAUAGCGUUGCCACUGGCCAAAGCCCUGCUAAGACGCUGGCCGUGCAGGCCCAGGAAGACUUUUUUACGGUCGCUCGCGCUCACGCCGAUUUCCCUCUGGAGUACGACCAGAUUGAGGGCUUCGUGGCGAAGAAGCUGCUGCUUGCGCUUCUGUUUGGCGACGACAUUUGCGCCUUUGCCAACUUUGGCUCGCCGCCGCUGGAUGGCACCAGCUCGCUCAUUGACUUUGACAACCAGGUGCCCAGCAUCGAGGUCAACACCCACUCCAUCAUCCAGACCGACGUCGUCAUCCCGACCUUGGAUACCGUGCGCCAUGAGGACCCGCUCCUGCUCUGCGGUCCUCCUGGUUCGGGUAAGACGAUGACGCUCUUCAGCGCUCUUCGCAAGCUGCCCAACAUGGAGGUGACGUUUGAGCAGUACUGCGAGUACAAGAAGACGCUCAACGGCGUCAUGCUCUCUCCCACGCAGAUUGGCCGCUGGCUGUACGGUACUCAACGCGCCAUUUCGUUCCUGCGCCAGCUUUCGUGGGUUACUCUUGACCGCAUCCAGUUCGUCGGUGCCUGUAACCCGCCUACGGAUGCCGGACGUACGCCCAUGGGCGCUCGAUUCCUUCGCCACGCCCCUCUUGUCAUGAUUUACGGCACGUUCAACGCGGCUCCGCUCACGCAUGCCAUGAUUCAGCCUCACUACGUGUACAGUCCUCGUGAGCUUACUCGCUGGGUCCGCGGCCUCAUUCGUAUCUGGGCGCACGAGGCCCUGCGACUGUUCCAGGAUCGUCUUACGGAAAAGGCUCUCGGCGGCCCGAUUCUCUUCUCCAACUGGCUGUCCAAGAACUACGUCCCCGUCGACCGGGAGCAGCUGCGAGACUUUGAGGAAGUGGACGUUCCGCUCAUUCUCUUCAACGACGUCCUGGAGCAUGUGCUGCGCAUUGAUCGUGUCUUCCGGCAGCCGCAGGGUCACUUGAUCCUCAUUGGUGUGAGCGGCGACUUUGACGAAGACUUGCGGGAUAUUUGCUUCAUCAUGGACGAGGCCAACGUGCUGGACUCUGGAUUCCUGGAGCGCAUGAACACGCUGCUUGCCAACGCCGAGGUGCCCGGUCUCUUUGAGGGCGACGACCACCGACAGAACCUGCACCUCGACUCACCCGAGGAGCUGUACAAGUGGUUCACCCAGCAGAUUGUCAACAACCUGCACGUCGCCGCCACCAGUCCGGCCUUGUUCAACAGAUGUGCGCUGUUCCAGAGCAACUUCAACGCUCCCGACACGAUCCCGACGGUCGUCAACUCGAUGAAGCUGCUGAAGCAGCAGGGCAAGGUCACCUUUUUGACGCCGCGCCACUUCCUGGACUUUGUUACCCAGUACGAGCAGCAGCGUCACUUGAACGUCGGUCUUGAGAAGCUGAGGGAUACCGUCGACAAGAAGAAGGCGCAGCUCGAACAGAAGGAUGCCGAGGCCAACGAGAAGCUGCAGCGCAUGAACACUUCGUUGGAGAUCCAGGCGGCGCUGGAGAAGCAGGAGGCGGAGGUGGCGAUGCGGAAGAAGGUUGUGCUGGAGGACCUGGCAAAGGCAGAGCCGGCGGUCGAGGAGGCCAAGGCGAGCGUCAGCAACAUCAAGCGUCAGCACCUGGUCGAAGUGCGAGGCAUGUCCAACCCACCGCAGAGCGUCAGGCUCGCGCUGGAUGCCGCCGUUCAGGCUGUGAUGAUGACCAAGGGCUUGCGGAACAAGAUGCGCAACGAGUUCCUGUCGAACCCCGAGUUUACGUUUGAAAAGGUGAACCACGCCUCCAGGGCCUGCGGUCCCCUCGUCCAGUGGGUCAUUGCCCAGGUCAGCUACUCGGACAUCCUGGACCGUGUCGGGCCUCUGAGGGAGGAAACCAAGGCCAGCGCGAUGGCGACGGAGUACGCCACCCUCAUCAGCGAGACCCAGGCCAUCAAGGCGGAGAUGUCCAAGGUGCAGUUCAAGGUCGACCGAAGCAGGGCUCGUUGGGAGGAAGGAAGCAAGUCGUUUGAGACGCAGAUCAGCACGCUGGUCGGCGACGUCCUCACGUUCCGAAAGAACAUGUUCAAGUCGCCCAACCCGCGGCUGGGAUGGCAGGAGAACACGCUGCCGCGCUUCAACCGGUAUCCUCUCAUUAUCGACCCGUCUGGAAGGGAUCGUCGCUUGACGUUGGAGAGCUCGCUGCGGUUCGGCAACCCGAUUCUCAUUCAGGAUGCGGAGCACUUGGAUCCCAUCCUCAACCACGUCCUGAACAAGGAGUAUCAGCGAACGGGUGGCCGACUAUACCUUUCCACGAGGGACCCGUCGGCCACCAGUCUCCAGACGCAGUCGCUUAACGAUGUGCUCAAGUCGGAGCGCCCCGACCUGCAGGGCGAGUUCAAGGCCCUCAACGAGUCGCGCGGCAACAUCCUGGACGACGACAAGGCGGCGGACAUUUCGGACAAGAUGCGCAACACGGAGGGCGUCAUGGCGGAGUCGUGCAGCGCGGUGUUUGCCUUCUCGCUGCAGUACUUCUUGGACAUUUUCCAGUCGGAGACGAAUCACAACGUUCGCCGGGACAUUAUCGUCAAGGACCUCUUUAAGGACCGCAUUACUCUGGCCAUGCUGCUCGCUCAGGCGUCGCCGUACAAGAUGGACAAGUCGAUGAUCGACGUGAUCCUCGACGACCGAAUCGCCGGUGAGGCGGCUUUCCAGGAUGCCAGAAAGCUCAGCGUGCUCAAGGAGAAGCUGGACGCCGAGCUGGCGGAGGCGGUGGUGCCCAAGGCCCUGUACUCGCUCUUGCUGGUGAAGCUCUUCCGCAUGGACCGCUUUGUGCCUGCGGCGGAGCGCUUUGCGGCUCUGGUGUUUGGCUCCGACAUAUUCGACAUUGUGGAGGACUUGAAGGAGAUUGUGUCGCAGGUGUCUGCCACGCUGCCCAUUGCGCUCGUCCUCGUGCAGAGGAUGGGCGUGCGCGCCGACAAGGCCGUCAGCAGCGCCGCCGAGACGGGCUCGUGGGUGCUCAUCAAGAACAAGCGCAUGGAGUCGCUCAACCCGCACAGCGACUUCCGGCUGUUUUUGUCGAUGGAGUCGAGCCCCAAGAUCCCCGUGAACCUGCUGCGUGCGUCGCGCGUGCUCAUGUACGAGCAGCCGGCGGGUGUGCGAGCCAACAUGAAGGACUCGAUGUCUUCGCUGUCGACGCGGGCGGUCAAGAGCCCCGUGGAGAGGACGAGGCUGUACCUUUUGAUUUCCUUUUUGCACGCCGUUGGGUUCUGGGAGUUUAAUGAUAGCGACUACGAAUGCUGUGCGUUCAUCAUCGACGUCUGGAUCGAGAGCGUGGCCGGCAACCGAACCAACAUUGCGCCGCAGAACAUUCCGUGGGACAUGAUACGCUACCUGGUGACGGAGACGUACGGCGGCAAGAUUGACGACGAGGGCGACUUUAGCCUGCUGCGACAGCUGGUCACGUCGUUUUUGACGCCGGCGGCGUACGAUGCCGACCACAAGCUGGUGGACGGGCCGGACGGCGGGCUGCUGGUGCCGUCGGGCACGGGGCUGCAGGACUUUAUGGCGUGGGUGCACAAGCUGCCGGAGCGUGAGCCGCCGACGUAUCUGGGCCUACCGGCGAACGCGGAGAAGCUGUUGCUGGUGGGGCUGGGGCGGAGCUUGGUUGAGAACUUGAGAAAGGUGACGGGGUUGUUGGAUGAGAAUGAGAGGUUGGUUACGGACCUUACGGAUUCUUGAGAUUAGACGGGUUACCUUGUGCGGAUACCCUGAUGAUGUUUCUAGCUUUAGAGCAUGCGUAUACACAUGGUU